UCUACAGGUCAUUGUACAGUAAAGUCAAGAACUAGGAGCACCAGGAGCUUAUCUUUGGAAUUGCUAAGAGUGGUGUUUUAAAGAGUAUGGAAGUCGAUGCAAUUUUAAAAAAGUACUCAGCUGUUAUAGAAAAUGGUAUUUUGGGAGAUACAAAGCAAGAUACAAAAGAUUUCCUUAAACAAGACAACAAAAGUGAAGUAAUAUAUGUGUUAGAUUCGUCUGAUGAAGAAAAUGAUGAAUCGUUAAUGAAGUGUGUUCAGAUUGAGGACCAUAAAAUUGGGGAAAUUGAUUUACCAAUAGAUAAGCUGUGUGAAGCAUCUUCAUCUAGUUCCCAGAAUGAAAAUGCUCUUCAGAAACAAUUUUCAAGUAGUGUAAAGUAUUCCUUGGAAUCCUCAGAUGAUGAGCUUCCUUACAUAUCACCAAUAAAACAAAAACAACAUGGUACUAAUUGGGAUUGUUUGGACCAUAAACAAAGCGAAAUCGAAAAGGAUAUUACAUCUAGCUGUAGUUCACAAGAACAUUCAGGAAAGUUUGCUGUGUCAAAACAAGCAAGAAAACGAAAAGACCCAAGCCAGAAAGAAAAUGAGAAAUUAGAAAAAGCAAAGGCAAAAGCUGUAAAAAUUGCAGAAAGAAAUAAGCUUAAAAUUGAAGCAGAAAAGAAAAAGGCUGAAAAACGUAUGCUCCAGAUUAUUCAUAAGAACUUAAAACCAGAUCAGUGUCUUAAGACCAUUACAGUUUAUAUAGACUCUAAAAUUAUUGAUCAAAAAUAUGGAGGAGAAAUAUUAAAUACUCUUCAAAGUAACGAAAUAUCCUGCAAAAUAAACCAGCAACUUCUUCCAGGGGUUAUUACAUGGAGUUGUCAAAUUCAGUCUCAACUGAUGAAUGAAAAUGGGCAGUUAAGUUUAACGAAUGAGAAAAAUGAAGCCAAUGAAGUAUUAAUGAUAAUGAACUGGGAUGAACUAAUUGAUCUUGUAAGCAAAGAAACAUUUGUUUCAUAUGUACAAGAGAUUAAGAAUAUUUACGUCAAUAAAAGGAUUAUAAUUGGACUUUAUGGAUUGAAAUCUUAUUUCCGGUAUCAAAAAAGUAAAAAACGAAAAGAUUUCCGAUCAGCAGUAGAAGGAAAAGGUAAAAAGGCAAAAAUAGGCAAGGAAGGCAAGAUUUUUGAAGAUGCUCCUACUGUGACAGAAACAUACUUGGAGGAUGCUCUUACAGAGGCUCAAAUUUAUUGUUCCUGUAAUCACAGAAUGGUAGACACUACACUGGAUCUUGCUCAAAUGGUAUUGCAACUUACAAAAUCCAUUGCACAAAAACCUUACAAAUUGGAAAAGCAAGCAAAAGACGAGCAAUUUAGAAUGUAUUUAUCAGGAGAGAACAGAAACUGUGUUAAUGUGGAUAAAAGUGGUAAUGGGCUACAGCGACUGUGGUCUCAGCAGCUGACUAUGUUUCCAAUGGCUAGUUUAGAAACUGCAGAAGCUGUUAUGUCGAAAUAUCCAACACCAGCAUGUUUAAUGGAGGCAUAUGAAAUGUGCGAGACUUCAGAUGAAGGAGAAAAACUUCUCCAGACAAUUCCUGUAAGACGUGCCGCAGGACCAUUGGCGAACGAUAGAAAAAUUGGACUUGAACUUAGUAAACGAAUAUACAAGUUUUUUACCAGUAUGGACGGUGAUAUGGUAUUGUAAUUUUUACUUGAAUUUCAAGUGCAUGUGUUUUCACUUUUCGACUUGACGAUUUUCCAAAAAUUUUUAUACCAAUAAACAUGUUACGUUUUCAAAAUA